GUUGUUCACGACGGAAUUCGUGGAUCACUAGAAGUCGACUAUCAACAGUCAUUCAACUUGUAUGCGCACUGGGAUGGAUUUUUUGACAGGGAGAGUGGUGUGAAGAUGUAUUUGUACAAGAUUACUACGUCUUGCCAAGAUGCUGCAACUAUGGUUCUGGACUCAAGUGAUUCAAAAGUGAUUGAAACCACAGACACUGAUAUUGCGUAUGUGGCUGAAGGUAAUGGUGUGUACUUUGUAACAGUGGUUGCCUUCAACCAUGCAUUAGAACCAUCUUCACCAGUAUGUUCAGAUGGGGUCACCAUUGACAGUGGAGUGACAUCAGUUCAUGAGAUUUCUGUGGAUACAGCUAUGGUCAGGGGGGGACUGGUCACUGACUCAGGAGCCACGGAUGUGUGGAUACUAGAUACAGAUCGCUCACUAAGGAAGCUUUCUGCAACCACAGUAGCUUGUCGUGCCAAAGCCACAGUGCUGUCGGACCUUGACCUUUUCCCAAGGACUCGCUAUGAGAAUGAGACAGAGGUAGUAGUUGAUGGUGACACAUUCUGUGAGAACAGCACUGGAGCACCCUCACCUGUGGCAGUCAUGUUGAGGAAGUCAUCUAGUCUCACUGUUUCCUGGCUAGUUGAGGACUCAAUUGGCGGGGUGUUUGACCAUCAGUUUGGACUGACAAGCACAUCAUUUGGCAGUGCCGCUCCAGACAUCCUCAGCUUCAUUUCCACCAGGCAAAAUGCGCACAUCACUCUCCAUCAUGAAGAUGUAUCAACAGGCAUGGAGUUCUUCAUGGCCAUCAAAACCAUCAGCAAGACAGAAACAGAAAAUAUUCAGACUUUCGGACCUUUCCUACUGGACACCACUUCCCCAACCUUCAGUGGAGCAGUUUCCAUAAACCUGGUCAAUGACUAUUUGAUUGCCACCUGGAGUCCCUCAGCUUUUAUGGAUACAGAGGAGUACUAUGAGUUGUUCUAUACGUUUGCCAUAGGGCAUAAUGAGUAUGGAACAGAUGUCCAGCAGUACAGACCAUUGGCAGAAGGGGCAACAUGUACUCUCAAAGAUCAGCCAGAUUGUACAGCUGCCCUACUGGCUCAUCUUGACUGGGAUCUGCACGGCCACCAUGCUUACUAUAUCACUGUGAAAGCAGAGAAUUCAGUGGGUCUCUUUGUCACAGCAACCUCCAAUGCAUAUUUCCAUGAUGUACAACUGGCUUCAAAGGGGAUGGUAUUAGAUGUACAAGUUGGGAGUGACAAAGAUUCUGUACCCUACACAGACAUAGUGGACUCCGACUUUCAAACUGACCAGACCAGACUGCAGGUCAGAUGGCUGAAUUUUGACCACCCUCAUCUGGAUAUAACCUACCAAAUCGCUAUAGGUACAACUUCGGGAGGAUCAGAAAUCUAUGGACCCUCUAGUGUGGCUUCCAACCACACCUUUGAGAAAACUGGACUUAGUCUUCUACAUUGGCAGACAUACUUCUUUACAGUCAAGGCUGUGACGUCAGUGGGUAGUGUCAGUGUAACGUCUGAUGGUGUCACUGUUAUAAAAGAGGGAGCUGUACUCACAGGGAUCAAUGUGUAUGAUGGCAAACCGUGCAACUUCACAGUUGAUAAUGGCACAUUGUUUCAUCACCAUGAACAGGAUAAUCGUGUACGCUGUGAUUUGGAGAGGGAUUUUCAGGCAACACUCAGCACCAUACAGGCUUACUGGACCAUUCCGUCUGCCAUCGAACACUACACUCCUGAUGCACACUGGGCCAUUGAGGAGGAAGAUGCAGCAGGGGCAGGUAUUUGGUCAAUGGUACGUGAUUUUGAGCACCUAUCAACAUCAUAUGAAGCAGAGGCAAAUGACCUCUCCCUACUGCCUGGAAGGUCAUACCGUGUUUCUUUGAAACUGUGUGCUGGCCUGACCUGUUACGCACCUGUAUAUACUGAUGGUGUCUUGAUCCUCGCCAAUCCACCAGUCGCUGGCAACCUGAUGGUUAAUCAUCUAAACUAUACUGUCGGUGGAGGUGUGGAAAAGUUAAUUGUACAAAUGGACCGCUUUUACGACCCUGACAUUCCUGAUCCUACAGCCAAAUUUGAGGCUAUAGAGAAAUAUGAAUGGGCAAUAACUGAUAACUCUGUCCGCGGCAAGAUCUUCACAAAAUGGACAGAUCUCACCACAUUCACGAUUGGCACGAGCAAGCUUACCUUCGAACUGACGCUGACUGGUGUGAUGGACUUCUCAAGAUGUAAGCGUCUUUCUGUCCGGGGCUACAACAAAGCUAAGUUGUGGUCAGUGGUGUCCAGCGAGAUCCUCGAUUGCAAAGCCUUUGAUCCAAUACUCAUCAAACCAAACACACUGAUAGAUGUGGUGGGGGAGCAGAAAUAUGAUGAGACUGGUGCCCUGAAGAAUGGCUAUGGUGAAGAAAUCUUCCUCCAGCAGAAUGCCUUGUGGGAGAUUAGCGAUGUGGACUACACUCCCUACUCAAAUAUCCUCUCUGCAGUUUGGCCUGAUCUGAGACACAGAAAUUACACCUUUGCUGUACUGAAAGGCGUAGCAGUAGAUGCAACAACGUAUUACCUCCCUACAAAUGUUCUCACUUUGCCUGACCCUUGUUCACAUCCUGACAGUAUCCAAUGUGGCCAAACAGAUAAGGAAUAUGUGAAUGUCAAGUUUGGUUCUGGCGAGCUUGAGCAUGGAUCAAGAUAUAUCGUAUGUCUACACGCUGAUAGUACUGUCAUACAGCAGGAAACCUGGACCCAGAUACUGGAGGCUGUCAGUGUGUGUAGUGAUGGUGUGGUGGUGGACCUGACCCCGCCGUCUGCUGGUAGUGUGUGGAUUGGACAUGUCCCUGGCAGUAUGUACCAGACAACACUGACAGAUAUUUAUGUGAACUGGGAAACGUUUGUAGAUGUAGAGGAACUCGGCACCACACCACAUUCUACAGGCAUCCAGGCUUACAAUGUUAGCAUAGGGACAACUGCAGGGGGUAAUGAUAUGGUAGACUUUACUGAUGUAGGAACAGCCAACCAUGUUGCUUUUCACAGCCUACAACUCCAGAAUGGCCACACCUACUAUGCUACGGUAACAGCUAUGGACUUUGCUGGGAGGACAACUACAAAGACAAGUCCUGGUGUUAUUGUUGAUGUGACUCCACCCCUGAAAAGUGACAAGCCAAUCGUAAUUGAUCGACACUUCAGCUCUCGUACUGGAGUAGGGGCCUGCUGGAUGGAAGUUUUCAGUGACCAUGAAAGUGGGAUACAAAAGUACAUGUGGGCUAUAGGUUCAGAACCCGGCUACGAUGAUAUUCUAUCAUACACAGAUGUUGGAGAUAUUGUAUGUGCUGUCCAGGAUGAAACUAUUGUCCUGGAAUUCCAUGAAGGACAUGCCUACUACAUAACAAUCAGGCCUUACAAUGCAGCUGGACUUUAUUCUCAAGCUUCUUCUUGGGCUAUAACGGUAGACUUAUCUCCACCUGUCAAGGGCCAUGUUUAUGAUGGUACAGAGGACAAUCACCCCACCAACCAGUUGGAUAGAGACUUUCAGACUGACAGGAGCUACAUCGCUGCAUUCUGGGAAGGUUUCUUUGAUGCACACUCAAAUAUUGAAGAGUAUUUUGUCAGUAUCGGUACAUGUCCUGGCUGUCAGGAUGUACUGGAGAUGCAGGCUGUUGGUAUUACAAAUAAGUUUGCACUGUCGAUGAAGCACCUUGGUGUUGGCGUGACUUAUUUUACCACGGUAACAGCUUGUAACACAGCCAAAUUGUGUUCCUCUGCAACAUCUGAUGGUGUCAUCCUAGACAACAGUCUUCCAACUGCAGGAGUGGUAUAUGACGGCACUACUUCAUGGGACAUCCACUACCAGGCCACACAAACAUACAUUGGAGCCAAAUGGUAUGGGUUUUCUGAUCCCCAAUGUGGACUUGACCAUUAUGAAUGGUGGGCAGGAACAACUCAAGGCACUGAUGAUGUGAUGGCUAAGGAAACCCUCCACCUGUCUGAAGUGGCAACCAAUCCUACUAUUUCAAGACUUCCUUUGGGCAAGCCUAUCUACAUCACAGUUAGAGCUUACAACAAAGCUGGGUUGUAUGUGGAUACAGUGUCAAAUGGUUUCAUGGUAGAUAAUACUUCCCCUAUAAUCACCAAACCCAUAUUGUCUGAAGAUUUAGGUGUGAUUGUAUCAGGCAAGCUAUAUCUUAGAGAUGCAUUCAAGGUCACAUGGACUGCUGUGGAUCAGGAAUCUCAUGUUGAGAGACAAUAUUUGUCAAUAAAGGCUCACAGAAAUGGUGAAUUCCAACCUUCUUCUAUAAAGGUGAAUGGAAUUUUACGAGACUACACCUUCACAGGCCUUCAACUCCAUGAUGGGGUAAGCUACUUCGUGAACCUCAUUGCUUGUAAUGGGGCUGGGAUAUGUUCUCAAACAGAGUCAGAUGCCAUCUUUGUGGACAGUUCUCCGCCAUCCAGAGGAAUGUUUUCCAUCAAAACAAAUCAUGCAUCUCAAAUAAACCGAGAGGUUCCCAAUUCCAUGACCUGGACGAGCCGUGCCCUCUUUCUUUCCUGGAUUGGAUUUGCUGAUCUCCAUUCAGAGGUGUCCUACUACCUUGUCAAUGUGGGCAGCUCCUACAUGAAUACUGAUCUGAAUAAGAUAACUGGAGUUCCUGUGUCUGUUCCACAUAGCAAUACAACAGAAGUUUAUGAUGAAGGCCACAUACAGAGUGCUAAGAUAGACACACAGGACCUCAGCAAAGCCUCCAACACCCUCUUCAUACAUAUGUGGGCUGUCAAUAAGGUUGGCUUGUCAAGCCCUAUCAUUCACUCAAUGUUCCGUAUGAUUUCCGGUGGUGCUCUGGAGUUGGUCCGUCGCUGUGACUCAUACUCCUGUCUUGGUCACUGUGUAUGUGCACCCCAGGAUAAUGUGUGUCCCUAUAGCCAUUUAGACCCAUGCACUAACUACACCUCACAAGACAACCCAAACUCUGCCCUGGAUAUCAGUGAUUUGAAAGGCAUCAAUGCGUACACUGCUACAUCUACAGGACUUGGUGCAACUUGGCAAGUCUCAAACUUUGAUGGGUUGGUUCCACUGUGGUUUGAAUGGAGCAUUGGUUACGGGUUCUUAGAUUUACCAGAGGGGAUAUUUCACCAAGCUGACGAGAGAGUCUGGCAUGAUGCUGGACAAAAUCUUCAACAGUUGUUUCUGGUUUCUAGAGAAAGGCCUAAUCUGUCAGAAGGGAUCACCUAUGCAUUUUUUAUAAGGGUCUGGUAUGCUUCCAAUAUCUAUGCAAUUUACAAAUCUCCCGGCGUAACGAUAAUGACAACAGGACCAACACCAACUAUCUUACGAGGGAGUGCGGUAACUGAAUCUAACCACAAGUACAGUCACAAGGACAUGGACUACCUGGAGUACCAACCCUUCAUGGUCAGCUGGAAAAACAAAUUCCUGAAUGCAGCGUCGUACAUCCAGUCCUUCCACAUAUACAUCAGCACUAUGCCAGGAGGUGAUGAUGUUUACAAAGUGGCGGCAAGUUUCCCAGGCAACACCUUUAGUUACAACUUUACACGCUACAAGCUGAACACUGGAAUCAAAUAUUACACUAACGUCGUGUCCUACAGCUUCUCUGGUCUGCAUCAUACCGAGUCAUCGGAUGGCUUUGUGAUCGACAAUACGGUUCCAGUAAUGGGUAGUGUGUAUGAUGGCACAGGUAUACAUGACGUGGAUUACCAAAGCAGUUUGUCACUUUUUGGGGCAAAGUGGCAUGGUUUUGUGGACCUUCAUGCAGGAGUGAAGACUUACCAUUGGUGUGUAGGAAGCACGAAAAGCAAGACAGAGUGUUCGGUCAAACAAUGGGAGGCUGUAGGUCUCCGCACUGCUGUCAGCAGCAACUUGACAACAUUACUCUCUCAUGGUAUGAGGGUAUAUAAUAAGGUGUAUGCCGUGGACGGCCUUGGUCAGAAGUCUGAUACUGCUGUGUCUGAUGGAGUAACAGUGGAUACUACACAACCAAUCCCAUAUCAGUUAGUACACCAUGACACCAUCAAUUUGGCUGCCAACCCAUCUUUCGAAAUCAGUGGUGGCCAUUCCAUUCAAUGGGACCAAGCCAAUAUUACGGACAUAUGUAAUGUGAAUUCAACACUUCACCCAGACAUAUGGAUGAGUGCCAUGGAUACAUGCACUGCUGUUGUAUCAUCUGAUACCAACCUGGCUAAAGAUGGCAGGUCCAUGGUGGUGUUGCGAGGUGUCCUGUCACAGGAAAUAACUGAACUUGAGGUGGGUGGUCUGUACCGGGUCACAUUUGUUACUUCCCAUCUUCCAAGUACGGAAUCUGUAAUUGCUAAUAAGGAAGGCUUUGUCGAAUUUGGUAAUCGCCAUGUCUUCCUUAUGUACACCAAAGCUUAUCGUUAUGAUGACUAUGGCACUGACACAAGGGAGAAAAUUUCGUGGCAUCUCCACACUUUUUACUUUGUGAUAACCAGCACCACAACAAUUCUGAGCCUUGGUAGUUUGGACAGGGGUACAGGAAUAUUGAUUGAUGACGUUCAGGUACAUCAUGUAUCCCACAGUGAAAGUACUACGUCUGAUACUGUAAAUGCACAUGUGGUAUUUUUACAUGAAUGGGGAUCGAUACAUGGGUCAUGGAGCUUUGUUGAUGCAGAGAGUCACAUCACCGAGUACCUGUGGGCUAUAGGUUACAAAAAGGGAGGUACACAGGUACAGGAUUUCCGCAGUGUAGGACAGCAAAGAUUUGCUUAUAACAACACUGUCAGCCUUGUACACAAGUCUGAGGUAUUCAUUACUGUGGUGGCUACCAGUACCUCUGGGCUUCAAGGUGUUGCCUACUCCCUACCCAUCCUCAUAGACCUCACCCCACCCAUCAUCACCGCUGUCAAUGAUGGUUCUGGCACGGGAACAACAGAGCUGGACUUAGACUCCUGGCAACAAGAUGAAGUGCUGGUUAACUGGGAGGUCAAUGACCCUGAGUCAGGACUCAGCUUCUGUGAAUGGGCAAUAGGGUAUCAGCCAUUUGGAAAUGAGUUGCAAACUUUCCAGAGGUGCCUGAUAAUGCUUUUUAAUGGACAGAUCCAGGACGUUGGCUAUGACAGACUUCAGGGCAUGACUGUCUACUCAACAAUCCGCUGCCAAAACAAGGCUGGCCUCCAGUCUGUCAGGUCAUCUGAUGGUGUCCGUAUAUCCCGACUCAGUCCAGCAGUGGAUAAUGUUCAGUUCAACAUAAUCAGACUGUCUCAGGAAGAAUUUGCAGCAGCCUCUCAAUUUCAAGGGGACACCACACAAAUUCGUCUUAAGUGGUCUGGUUUUACAGACCCCAUUGGCAUAGAGGGCUACAUACUUACAUUUGAUGGUGAGAUGCGGAAGAUGUUAGCAUCUGAUCAAGAGGAGACGUAUGUGUGGAUACAUGGUUUGGCGCUGUCAGAAGGUGGACAUGACCUGGAUGUAUCUGCUGUAAAUCUCCAGUACCAGACAAGUCCCAAAGUUACCACGAACCUUACCGUAUUUACACACCCUCCCACAACAACUGUUGACACUCCCCUGGAUGUAAGCUGGGAUACAGGCACACAAGAGCUGACAAUAGGAUGGCAGGGUGUGUUUACAUCAACACAUGAACUUUUCUAUGAGGUGUCGGCCGGCAGUAACCUAGGUAGUGCUGACAUCGUCCAGUGGAUGGAGACUAAGGCAACCACAAUGACACUUACCAUUCCACCAGUUAUCACAGACCUUUCCAACCUUCGUAUAUAUGUGGUGGUCAGAGCUGUUUCUGUAGGGGGCAGGUCAGUGGUCAAGUUGGGCACUGUCCAGCUUCCUGCCUGAUCAGGAACUGUUUGUUUGUAUCGUCCAAUUUACCGGCAGAUCGUAUUAUCACAUAUCUGCAUCAUUAGUUGUAGAUGUAAACAGAAUGUUCCUUAAUUGCGUAUUGGUAGUCAAUUUCAUUCUACAUCUGUUACUGUAAAUAAUGUCUGCAAGCUAGCUAUAGGAUAGAUGUAGGAACAAUGGUAGCUCUUGUCUGACUUAUCCUGAACAGGUGUUUCCAGUUUUAUCUAUUGCAAUCGCCUUUUAUCUGGCGUCGUUCAUCAUUCGUCGUGCUUCGUAAACAAUUUACAUUUUCGAAUUCUUCUGUACAAACGCUACACCAAAUUCAAUAAGAUAUGGCAGGAAGCUUCCGAAGGUAAAGGUCAACCAAACUGUGAAUUAUAUGGUCCACACUCCAGGGGCCUGAAGGCGAGGCCAAGAUGGGUCAAAUAAGCUUUUCAAAAAAUUUCUUAAGACCCAAAUAAAGUAGAAUCAAAAUUAUCUUUAUAGAUGUAAGGGUAUUGAGGUGCUUUACCGAAAUUGUCAAUUUUAUGACCCUAGGGUCUCACGUUUGCCCCUGGGGAAGAGAAUUUUUUACUGUAGUUUAGAUAAGGAAAUCACAUUUUUUACUAUUAUUUGCUUCAUUUCUAUUCGAAUUGACUCCUGGGGUCAAAAAGAGUCACAUUUACGGAAAUACCAGGUAUGUGAAACGGAAACUCAUGUGACCAUUAAGGCCCAUGGGCCUCUUGAUUAUUAUAGUAAAUCUGAGUUACUGUAUAUUUAGAGGUGUCAAUGUCAAGUUUUACUUUUGCUGUUCAAUAUAGAAAUUCUAUAGCAACAUUUCAGUUUGGUAAUUUCACGCCCAAUCCAUUGUGUUACUACUAGAAGCGCAAUAUCCAUGGUAUGAAAAAGGGCUGUAAAAAGUUCAUGUAUAUGUUUGGUUUCCGUGACCUAGCUGUCAUUAAUACUGACCAAAUAUUAAUUACUGAUCACAAUUGAGGGUGUACCUCCCCAGUAGUCAAUGGGGGAAUGUCCAGUAGAGAAAAUGAUUCCAUCAAAAGCUUUUUUAUGUAUAUGACUCGGUGGAUUUUGAUCAAAUGGUCUGGAGUUGUAUUUGCUUAAUAUAUUGGAAAUACAUGUAUUUUUAUGUCUUUCUUCUUUUUUGUAUAUAGGUCAAGAGAUUUUGAUCAAAUUUGAUCAUCCUAUAGCAAUGGGAUUUUAUAUUGUAUGACUUCAAAAUCUAUUACAUGUAGAGGUGUUAGGCCUUAUAGCGGAUGUCGAAAUUGAUAUUCAAGUUGUUUAAUUUUUAGAUGAACUGUGCUUUAAAUAUAAUUGGGAGCAGGAAGCUGAAUGUUUUGUAAAAAAAGGACCUUUUUCCAGUUACUAUUACUAUGAUAUGUGAGAUUCAGCAUAUCUUAUCAAUAUACCAAUGUUUACUGAAAGUAGACUGGCUGAUGUUUGGUGUAUUACGAGUCAUAAGCACAUGAAACAUAAAUGAUGAUUUUUUUUAACUUCUGUAAAAGAUAUGACCAUGGAAAAAUAUUUUUAAAAAUACCAUUUCAUGAUAACUGGUUAAAGUGAAAAUGAUCAUAACUGUUUUUAAAUUUCUGUACAAAGUGUCAUAUUCAUUUGAUGUACAGUUUAUGUAAUAUGUAAUGACUGGUCACAAGGGGGUUAUGUAUUAUUAAAAACAUUAAAUUGAUAAGAUACAUUUUAUUGAUGUAGUUGUAUUAAAGGCAUAAGCUCUGA